AUGAUUGAAGAAAAUCAUAUAGAGGAGGUGGAGAUCCUAGGCCAGAAGAUAAUCAAGGUUGGUUUUAGAAUCCGCUCGUACAUUUGCGAGGAGAUCAUCAAGAACUAUACUUCUUCCACCUAUGUGAUCAUUACUGACAGUAACAUCGUUGCUGCAGGUCACUUGAAUAACUAUAAAAAAACAUUCACUGAAAAAUUGGCCGAAUUAAGGCCACAUUCAAGACUUCUUACCUAUGUUAUCUCACCAGGUGAAUCUAACAAAAAUAGGGCCACUAAAGCUGCCAUUGAGGACUUCCUACUUCUUAAUGGUUGUACCCGUGAUACAUUCAUUAUUGCCAUGGGAGGAGGUGUUAUUGGCGACAUGAUUGGCUAUGUCGCUGCUACUUUCAUGCGUGGUGUUAGAGUUGUUCAAAUUCCAACCACCUUAUUGGCCAUGGUGGACUCUUCUAUCGGUGGUAAGACUGCCAUUGACACUCCACUAGGCAAAAACUUUAUUGGUGCUUUCUGGCAACCUAAGUAUGUUAUGGUGGAUGUUGCAUUCCUUGAAACCUUACCUGUUAGACAGUUCAUCAACGGUAUGGGAGAAGUCAUCAAGACUUCUGCCAUUUGGGAUGCAGAAGAAUUCGACAGAUUGGAACGAAACACUCAAAAGUUUCUCAAAGUGAUCAACAACCGGCGCGCUGAUGAUACUGUUGACAUUACACCAAUCCUUGAUCACAUCUUUAAGCUUGUCUUGGGAUCCAUCAAGGUGAAGGCCGACGUGGUUUCUAGAGAUGAGAGAGAGGGGGGCCUUAGAAAUUUGUUGAAUUUUGGCCAUUCUAUUGGACAUGCUUAUGAGGCUAUUCUUACACCACAGGCUUUUCAUGGUGAAUGCGUCUCUGUUGGAGCAGUCAAAGAAGCCGAGCUUGCCCGUUACUUAGGCAUCUUGUCUCCUGUCGCCGUUUCUCGUCUUGCCGGCUGUUUUUCCGGCUAUGGACUUCCAAUAUCGGUUCAUGACAAAAUUAUGGUUGAUAGGGUCAACGGUAAGGUGUGCCAUAUUGAUAAAUUGCUUGAGAAAAUGGCAAUAGAUAAAAAAAAUGUCGGUGCUCGUAAGAGAGCUGUCAUUCUUAAGAGAAUAGGUCAAUGCUACGAGCCUCAUGCAACGUUCGUGAGCGACCAGGAUUUGAGAUUCAUAGUGGCAAAGGAUGUAAAAGUUUUUCCAUACAGCCACGGUGGUAAAGAGUUUAUAGUGACUCCGCCGGGUUCCAAAUCGAUCUCUAAUCGUGCCUUGAUCAUGGCUGCCUUGGGUGACGGUCAAUGCAAAAUUAAGAAUCUACUUCACUCUGAUGAUACCAAAUUUAUGAUCAAUGCGGUUACUGCUCUUAGAGGUGCCGAGCUUUCUUGGGAGGACGACGGUAAUACUGUUGUGAUUACUGGCCGUGGGGGUGAUUUGACUGCCACCACCAAGGAAAUCUACUUGGGCAAUGCAGGUACUGCUUCCAGAUUCCUUACCACUCUCGCAUGUCUUGUGAAACCGUCUGUUGAAACAUCCCAUAUUGUUCUCACUGGCAAUAAGCGUAUGCAAGAAAGACCUAAUGGACCUCUUAUCAAGGCCCUUCGUUCAAACGGAAGCAAUAUAAUUUGUCUCAACAAGGAGGGGUCCUUGCCUGUGCGUGUUGAAUGUACCAAUAACGGCCUUAAAGGUGGAAGAAUUGAGUUGGCUGCCACUGUUUCCUCUCAAUACGUUUCCUCCAUUCUUAUGUGCGCACCAUACGCAGACCAACCAGUUACCUUGGCUCUUGUUGGUGGAAAGCCAAUAUCUCAAACAUAUAUCACUAUGACGAUCCAGAUGAUGGAAACAUUUGGUAUCAAGGUUACUAAGGAUUUGAGUGAACCUUUCACUUACCACAUUCCAAAGGGUCACUUCAGAAACCCUCGGGAAUACAUUGUGGAGUCGGAUGCGUCAUCGGCUACCUAUCCUUUAGGAUUUGCCGCUUUGACCGGAACUAAAUGUACAGUUCCUAACAUAGGAUCUGCAUCUUUGCAGGGUGAUUCGAGGUUUGCUGUGAACGUGCUUCGUCCUAUGGGAUGUAGCGUUAUUCAAACGGAGACAAGCACCACAGUGCAAGGUCCCCCAGUAGGUCAUUUGAAGGCACUACCAUCGGUAGAUAUGGAGCCAAUGACAGAUGGCUUUCUUACUGCCUCGGUUGUAGCAGCAAUAUCUUCUGGCACUACAACAAUCACUGGUAUUGCCAAUCAACGUGUUAAAGAAUGCAACAGAAUUUCUGCCAUGCGUACUGAAUUGGGCAAAUUUGGAGUGGUUGCUACAGAGCUUGACGAUGGAAUCGUUAUCCAUGGAAUUGACUACAGAAAAUUGAGUUGUCCAAAGGAAGGUAUUGAUACUUACGACGAUCAUCGAGUCGCUAUGUCUCUUUCUUUGCUUGCUGGAAUGUGUCAAGAACCGGUCGUGGUUCAUGAUCGGAGGUGCACAUCUAAAACCUGGCCGGGUUGGUGGGAUAUUCUUCACUCCACUCUUAGGGCAAAAUUAGAUGGAUGUGAACCUCAAAAUUCGGCAAGAUCUGUUGUUCGAAAGAAAAACGGCAGUAAAAGUAUUGUUUUGAUUGGUAUGCGUGCCUCAGGUAAGACUACUAUGGCUGAUGUGAUAUCUCGAGAGCUAGGCUUGAAGCUUCUUGAUUUGGAUACAUAUUUUGAGGAUCAGGUUAAGCAGACCAUCAUGGAUUUUGUUCACGAACAUGGAUGGCUGGAAUUCCGCAAGAAUGAGACCAAAUUUGCCAAGAGGGCUAUGAAUGAAUUUCCCGAGAAUUACAUAAUUUCCACUGGUGGAGGCAUUGUGGAGUCCCCUCAGUCUCGUGCUCUCUUGAAGGAGUAUUGCAAUCAGGGAGGAAUUGUGCUACAUUUGCAUAGGGAUAUGACAAAAACUGUUCAGUUCUUAACUGAAAAGGACAGUGUUCGUCCUUCUUACGAUGAGAGUAUUCUCGGUGUGUGGAAUCGUCGUGAACCUUGGUAUCAUGAAUGCUCCAAUUUCUUUUUCUACUCUCCACAUAGUGUUAACGAACAGCAAUUCAAUCAGUUGAGGCACUCUAUGGGCUUGUUCGUGAAUCGGAUCACCGGUAACCCUCUACCCCUUCCCAAGGGACGUUCAUACUUUGUUUGCCUUACCUACCCAGAUCUUAGGGAAGGCAAUGUAUUGUCUCAAUUGGAUGAAAUUACAGCCGGUUGUGCUGCAGUAGAACUACGUGUUGAUUUAUUAAAAUUUCAGGACCCUGAAUUUGUAUCAGAGCAAAUUAGUCUCCUAAGAUUGUACACAGAGCUACCGAUUAUUUUUACUCUCAGAACUCAAGGUCAGGGGGGAAAGUUCCCAGAUGCAGACUACACGAAAAUUGCUUUUCUUCUUGAUAUGGCCUUCAAGAUUGGUGUAGAUUACGUUGACUUGGAGUUAUCCCUCCCCGAAGGAUUAUUGGACACCCUAGCAUCUAAGAGAAGGUUCACAAAAAUCAUCGGUUCUCAUCACGAUGCUGUUGGUCAAUACAAAUGGGAUUCUCCAGAGUGGGAGAGCAAGUACCAGUUGGCAUUGAACUGCGGCGUUGAUGUGGUUAAAUUUGUUGGAACGGCCACUUCCAUGGCUGAUAAUGUUGCCCUUGAGAACUUCCGUUCUAAGCAUACCGCCAGGCCUCUCAUGGCUAUCAAUAUGGGCCGUGUUGGUCGACUUUCGAGAGCACUCAACCCAUUCUUGACGCCUGUGAAUCACAGUUUGCUUCCAAGCUCGUCUGCCCCGGGUCAACUCUCAAUUAAGCAAAUACAUGAAACUUUGAAUUUGGUUGGUGAUCUUAAGCCUUUGAAGUUUUAUGUUGUUGGAACGCCUAUUUCUCAUUCGAGAUCUCCAGCUUUGCAUACUGCUGGAUAUAAGGCAUUGGGAAUGAACCAUACUUUUGAAAAAUUUGAGACAAAUAGCGCCGAAGAAGUGAGCAAUAAGCUAUUGACACAAAGCAAUUUUGGUGGAUGUGCUAUCACAAUUCCUUUGAAACUUGACAUGUUGAAAUACGUUUCUGAGCUUUCAGAAUCUGCCAGAACUAUCGGUGCUAUCAAUACAUUGUAUCCAAUUGGAAAAGAUAAAUUUGGUGGAGCUAACACAGACUGGAUUGGUAUUAGAGAUUCAUUUAUCCACAAUGGCGCUCCUUCCAAGAUUAUCGGGGAUGGCCUUGUGAUUGGUGCUGGGGGUACUGCUCGUGCUGCUGUUUAUGCAUUGCAUCAGAUGGGUUGUAAAAAAAUCUACAUGAUUAACAGAACUAGCUCUCAGAUAGAAGAAGUUAAACAUCAGUUUCCUGAGAAUUUCAAUAUUAAGCCAUUGAAUACUCUCGUGGAAAUCAGCUCUAUGGGCCCCGUUGGCUUUGCAGUGUGCACAAUUCCUGGAAACGUGGAUCUAGAUGAAGGCUUUAGAAAUAUCAUUUACACUGCUUUAAGUAAUGGUUUCUCGAAGCAGAAGUUCUUGAUUGAUGCUGCCUACAAGCCUUUGGAGACUCCAGUGCUAAAGAUGGCACAACGGAUCGGCUGGACUACGAUUCCAGGUAGACAGAUGUUGGUGAACCAAGGUGUGGCACAAUUCAAAGUCUUCCUAGGAAUUCGUCCCCCAUACAAGGACCUUUUCAAUGCUGUCGUUAACGAAUAA